CGUAGACCCACGGCGCUUCCGGCGCCGACAAAUUCAAACCAGUGGCGGGGGUUUGAGCGUUGAGUCGGGUUCGGUCUCCUUCAUUUAUGGACCUAAUCCGGGCCUUCUGCGGGAAGCUUCGGUUUCUAGCCAGCACGCUAGACUGCGAGACAGCGCGAUUGCAGCAAGUGCUGGAAGGAGAUGACAGGGAAUUUGAAGAUGAUCCAAAGAGGAUUUUACAUGACCUUCAUUCAGAAGUCUGGACUCUGAAGGAUGAUGUUAAUGUUCUUCUUGAUAAAGCAAGAUCAGAAAGUCAAGAAAGCAUUGAUUUUAUUAAGGCAACAAAACUACUGAUGAAAAAAAAUUCAAUGGAUAUCAUAAAAAUAAGAGAAUUUUUCCAGAAGUAUGGAUAUAAUCCACGUGUCAAGGAAAAUUCAGUCUGUGAACAGGAAAUUGCUGAUUCUACUCCAGAAAUGGCCAGCUGUGACCAUGUACAAAAGCCUCAUGGGAAGGACGAACUGCCUGAUCCAUCUGCCCCAGGUGGUUCUGUUUCUGAGGAGCCUCUGCGCAGUCCACAGCUUGCAGAUUUUGGACUGGAGCGGUAUAUGAUACCUCAGGUUCUACCAAACCCUCCACAAGCCAUAAGCAACCACAAGGAAGACCCCAUAAUUGAAACUCCACCUACCAGACAGUCAGUAGUUAAAAUACUAAAAACUCCAAAAUGUGCUUUAAAGAUGGAUGAUUUUGAGUGUAUAACUCCUAAAUUAGAGCAUUUUGGUAUCUCUGAAUAUACUAUGUGUCUAAAUGAAGAUUACACAAUAGGACUGAAAAAUAUGAAGACUAUCAAAAGUGAGAUGGCUGUAGAAACAGAAUUCAUGACCGAUGAUAAUAGCUUUGCCACUCCUCUCCCCAUAAUCCAGCAAUUGGAAAAAGGAGAAUCCAACUACACAGAUUCCCCUUUGACACCUACAUUCUGCACUCCUGGUUUGAAAGUUCCUUCUACAAAGAAAAACACAGCUUUGGUAUCCACAAACUAUCCAUUAUCAGAAAUACAAAGUUCAUCAAAUGAUUUUGAAGUUAAAGAUUGUACUUCAUUAGUUUUAAAUUCAGACCAGUGCUUGGAGAAUUUUGCAGACCCUUCUUCGCCUACAAUUUCAUCUUAUGAGAAUCUGCUCAGAACACCCACACCUCCAGAGGUAACUGCUAUUCCAGAAGAUGUUCUCCAGAUUUUGUCAAAAUACAACUCAAACCGAGCUACUACAGUAGCAGUGAAAGCAGUGCCUCCCAGGAAAGGGCUCCUCAAAACCGAAGGAUGGAAUAUCCCAGAGGUUGGCAACAAAGAAAACUGACAAAAAAAUUCUAGUGGAUCCAUCCAUUAUACAAACUGAACAGAGUUAAGAACGAAGCAGAGCUGGAUUUAUUUGUUAUUAAUAGUCCUUUCUCACUAUAGGAGGAUAAGGAUCAGAAAGGUUUACAGUAGAUGACAAUAAAGAUUUAGGCAUUGGCUUAUCUGCAAAGGGUUCUCCAGUUUUUUCCUGAUAGCCUUGGCCCCUCAAAAUUAGUUUGUCUAAAAUAUAUCCUUCCCUUACACCCACCUCUGGCUUGUUGCUUAGAUGACUGAUACUUGCAGCUCCUCAAACUUCACACUGAGAUCAUCCUUCAAGGCUGGAGAUUUGACACUACCACCCCACCUCCACCCAGCACCACCGUUCUGUUUCACCCAUUCUUCCUGCCUCAGGGCCCUGCACAUACUGGCUGCUCUCUGCCAGAAACUGACUAUGCUCCAAGCAAGCAGGUAUGAGCAAAUGCUGGAGCUUCAGAGAAGUCUUGAAAAGAACAGUGUGCUACCUGUCUGGGGGUGCACAGAGAGCCCACACACAGGCACCCAAACUUCCUUGAGGUAGGUUGGCAUCAGCCAGCUCUACUUCCUGGACAUCUCAGGUGAAUGGCCCAUUAACUUGCAGUUAUCCAGCUGGAGUUCUCUUGUUAUUUCAGACUUUUAAGUUUGAUGCUUCAGGGUCCUGGUUAAAUAUCAUUUUAGGACAGACUUUACCAGUGUAACAAAGGUCUUCCCUCUUUUAAGUUCUCAGCAUUUUCAUCCCUCAUAAUACUUGGCACCACCAAUAGUAAGAUUUUUGCUGGGGUGCAUUUUUACGUUCUCCUUCCCCCUCCAGAUUACAUGCUCACUGAGGGCAAAGGCUUGCUUGCUUUGCUCCUUACUCUGUUAUCUAGCAUAUUUAAUGAAUUAGUGAGAAAAUCAGUUACUAAGAUUUUACUCUGCCAGGAAUGGUUCUAAAUGUAAUUUAGUUAAUUCCUGGAUUUGAGGUAGGCACCUGUCUUUUCAUAUGAGGAAUAUUACUGAUUACUGACUUUUCCUGGGGGGGAGCGUGAGUUGUCAUUUCUUCUGUUCAUCCUGUUUCCUUGAUAAAUCCCAUUUCUUUAGGACUUAAGAACACUCUUUUACCAUCUCCAGAAAACUCAUAUUACUACACAACACUGCCUUUAGUAGCCGGUUUUCUUCUUUGUGAUAGUCCUGGUCACCUUUUACCUAAGCAUAUUUGUACUGGUAGGCCUACAGUACUUGAUAUAGAAGACAGGCUACUGAAAGUGCUAAGGGACGCUCAUCAGGAGUGUGGGAGUACUGCAGAUUUUCUGCCAGCUUCCACUAGCUCUAGAAUUUAGAUUUUGAAAACCCUUUGUUAGGUUCACUUUCUUUUUUUGAUGGUAAUGAGAAAUGAAUCCAGAGCGUUUGCACUGAGCUAUACCCCAGCCCAAUUUUAAGACAAGGUUCAAUACCUUGGCUCAGGCAGGACUUGACUCAGACUUCCCAAGUAUUGAAUUACUGGUAUGUGCUGCCAUACCUGGCUAAAUGGCUUUACUUUUAUUAAAUUAUAGGAAUUUUUCUUCAAACUUGGUUGUAACUGGGCUGGCAUGCUAGCCUAGGCAGAGUUGGAAAUUGUGAAGAGGAGAAAUGCCUUCCUCCUUCACUUCAAAGGAACUAAUAUUGCUCAUUGUCGACCAGGCUAUCUCACUGACUUUUCCUAAGUUUCGAGUUACAUGGAUGUUGCUAACACUGUU